AUGACUACUGCUCCCAACAAGACUUUGCUGCCUAUGGGCAUCCACCCUGGUACCGUGCUCAGGAUUCGUGGUCAUGUCCCUGACAAGGCUGGCAGGUUCCACGUUAACCUGCUGUGCAGCGAGGAGCAGGGUGCGGACGCCGCGCUGCACUUCAACCCCAGGCUGGGCACCAACGAGGUGGUCUUAAAUAGCAGGGAGCAGGGAGCUUGGGGCCAGGAGGAGCGCGGCGCGGGCUGCCCCUUCCAGAGCGGGAAGCCCUUCGAGGUGCUCCUCAUCGUCACCGAAGACGGUUACAAGGUGCCUCACUGCCACGGGUGGACGCCGAGCCCCGGGUCCCCCGAGCAGAGG